UUUACAGGACAUGAACAGGCUACUUCUAAAAUCACUAUAAAUGUCAGAUUUACCCUUAAGAUAGCACUGACAAGGGAGGCACUGAGGGCCAUAAGAUGAGAGUGAUUGUGCAUUGUGGUGUGGUAGCUGCCCUGCUCCUGUCUAUGGCCUUGGCCGCCCCACAGGGUGACCAUGAGGGCCAUGACCACGGGCCCCACACAGCAGAGCAUCACCACCACCUCCACCAUGGUGAGGACGAGCCCCAUCCACAGCACGAGGGCCAACACAACCAAAUGCUCAGUCAACCCAAUGCUGACUUUGCCUUCACUCUCUACAAGAAGCUGAGUGCUCUACCCCAGUUCCAGUCAAAGAACAUCUUCUUCUCCCCACUGAGCAUAUCCAUGGCUUUGUCCAUGCUGGCUCUUGGAGCAAAGGGUGACACUUUCUCCCAGCUGUACCAGGCUCUUGGCUAUGCUGAAAUGACCCCUGAGACUGUUAAUGAGGCCUAUGAGCACAUCUUUCACAUGCUGGGCCACAACCAAGAACACAUGCAGCUUGAUGCAAGCAAUGCUGUUGCUGUUAUGGAAGAGGCCAAGGUCAUAGAUAAGUUCUUGGAGGACGCCAAACACUACUACGAGAGUGAGGCAAUCUCUGUUGAUUUUUCCAAACCUGAUGUUGCAGUGCAAGAAAUCAACAAGUACAUAGCUAAAAACACCAACAACACCAUCAAUGAUAUGGUGAAGGAAGUAAACCCAGCCACCGUAAUGAUGCUUAUCAACUGCAUUUAUUUUAGAGGUGAAUGGAUGGAAUAUUUUGAUCUGGAAGAAACUAAAAAAGGAGACUUCCAAGUGGAUGUCAACACAAAGGCAUCGGUAGACAUGAUGCAGAAUAAUGGCUUUUAUGAGUUCUAUGAGGACAAGGAGAACUUCACCACUGUGCUCAGACUUCCAUACAAGGGCAGCGCAUCUAUGAUCAUCGUCAUGCCGGACGAGGGGAAGAUGAAGGAGGUUGAGGACAGCAUUUGCCGCCAUCAUUUGAAGCACUGGAUGCACGCUAUGGAAUCUAGUAAUCUGAUUGUUCACAUGCCAAAAUACUCCAUCUCUGGCAAAUUCUCACUGAAAGAUACCUUGGAGUCAAUGGGUGUUGUCAGUGCCUUUUCUCAUACAGCCGACUUCACCGGAAUGACGGACCAAAAAGUAAGAGUAUCAGAGGUGGAACACAAAGCUGUCCUCAAUGUGGACGAGAAAGGCACAGAAGCAGCUGCAGCCACAACAGUGGAGAUUGUACUCAUGUCAGCCCCUGUUCAACCGAAGACGCUGAAAAUCGACCGGCCUUUCUUAGUGUUCAUCACAGAUUAUAACACUAAAAGUAUUCUGUUCAUGGGCAAGAUCUUAAACCCUGCAGCCGAAUGACCAUAAUAUCUGACUGUACUGUGCUUUCACAGUGUGAAAGAGAAAACUGAGAAAUGUGACACGUUUUGAAAUAUAUGUAAUAAAUAUUACAUGAUGUACA